AACCCCAUGUCGGAGCCGGAAACCUCCUCGCCGGAAUCUAAACUGACCGACACGUCAAUGUGAUUACGAUACACAAGUUUAUUUUCACGAAGUAGUUAAUUGGUUGUCUUUCAUAAAUAUGAAGCUGUGCAUGCUGCUCUUGUUAGGAUGUAUUCUUCUUAUAAAGACAAAUGCGCAAGUGAAGAGCAAGGUAAAUACACUAGCAGAAAGAGUUCAACAGCUCACAGAGAUGAAUAUGAAGCGCUCAGUCUUAAAAUUCAAUGUUGCUAAAUUUAAAGAUUAUGUGAAAGCUACACCUAGAAACUAUUCCGUUAUAGUUAUGUUCACUGCAAUGGCUCCAGCUAGGCAGUGCUCAAUUUGCAGACAUGCAAAUGAAGAAUUUCAGAUAGUCGCCAAUUCAUUCCGUUAUUCACAAAUAUUUUCAAACAAACUAUUCUUUGCAAUGGUUGAUUUUGAUGAAGGAUCAGAGGUUUUCCAAAUGUUGAGGUUGAAUGCUGCACCAGUUUUCAUGCAUUUCCCUCCAAAAGGCAAGCCGAAAGGGCCUGACACAUUUGAUAUCCAAAGGAUCGGCUUUGCUGCUGAGUCUUUGGUCAAGUGGAUUGCCGAAAGAACUGACAUUCAGAUUCGUGUAUUCAGGCCUCCCAACUAUUCAGGCACUUUAGCACUUGUUAUGCUUGCAGUCCUCGUUGCUGGGUUUUUGUAUAUGAGAAGAAAUAAUUUAGAAUUUCUUUACAACAAAAACCUAUGGGGUAUUUGUGCCCUAUUUUUUUGUUUUGCGAUGGUUUCUGGUCAAAUGUGGAACCAUAUACGUGGACCACCUUUUGUUCACCACACACACAAUGGAGGGGUGGCAUAUAUACACGGAUCCUCUCAGGGACAGUUUGUCCUUGAAUCUUACAUUAUUAUCAUUCUGAAUGCUGCUAUUGUAAUCGGCAUGAUAAUGAUGACUGAUGCUGGAGCAAGAAAAGACGGUGACGUACGGCUCCGGCAGAUUCUCACUGUAGUUGGGCUUGUUAUAACAACUGUUUUUUUUAGCAUUAUAUUAUCUGUCUUUAGAUCUAAGGCCCAUGGCUAUCCUUAUAGUUUUCUUUUUAGAUAAUCUGCCCAUACACAUAUAAAAACUGGUUAUUUGUGCAGCUUUUUUGAAUUUGGAUGGAAUUAUUUUAAAUUUUAUCACAUUUUUUUUAUUAAUCUAAAUCUGUUAAAAUAUAAAAAUAUACUUGUUAAAUUGGACAGCAUAAGAUCUAAUUUAUUUUUUAAAUGCCCUCUAACUAAUUUUCAAAACUUGUUUCAGCUCUGAUUAAACUGCUAUAGAAACA